AUGACUUCAAGUAAAAUCCCAAACAAAUAUAUUCUUGCUCUCGCAACAGGUCUGACUGGUUUGUACAUCUACGAUGUGCAGUACAACCAUGGUAAGACCAUCGAUCAAUGGGGUCUUUACAACUGGAACCCGCCACCAAAAAUCGAGCCUUUCAGUGAAUCCCUGUACAAUUCGGGGGUCCAGCGUGCCGAGGAGUUGAAGAACUCUGCCAGCUCAUGGAUCAAUGAGAAGAACUCCAACAUCCAGGAGAACGCCAACACCGCUGGCAGCCAGCUCAAGGACACCGUCAAUUCUGCGGGUUCUCAGGUGAUUGAUCGUUUGGAAAGUUCAAAGGACAAAUUGAGUUCCUUCUUUGGUUCGUCGAAAGAGUCCGCACAGCGCUCCUACGCCUCCGCGUGGGAGAAGUACCGCGAGGCUGAGGACAAGGCCAAGCAGCAGAAGAAAGGAUGGUUCCAAUGGGGUGAGGCCAAGCAGGAUGACGCUAGCAAGCAAUUGGACGAGGCCAAAAAGAAUCUAGACGGUGCUCGCGAGAACUUGUCGAAAUGGGGCUCUGAAGUUGUUAAGGAGACCGAGCAGCGUGUUUCCGAGUGGGCUGCAAACGUGAAAAAGAGAGGCUCUCAGUUUGCCGACUCGCAGCAGAAGAACGCAGAGAAAUUCCUCGGUAACUUCAAGGGAGACCUCAACGACAGGGACUUUGUCAAGGAAGCCGACAACGCAGUUGCUGGCUUUGGUCAGCUGGCCGGAGAAGUCGCUGAAGAGCACAAGCGUGCUUUGGACGAUAAAACCGGCAUUCUGGCCGCAAAGUCCAGAGAAUCGGCUCAAAAACUGUACGACUACUACGAUGAACAGGUGAAGGAGGCCAAAAAGAAGUACGAUGAGACACAGAGCAGCUGGCUCAAGUGGAGAAAGGCCAAGUCUCAGGAGGCCCAGGACGCUGCCAAGAAAGAGUACGACGAUCUUCUGAGCAAGAAAAACUCUGCCCAGCAGACUUUGAAUAACUAUUUGGCCCAGGCCAAGCAGGACGUCAAGGACGGAAGUUCGAAACUGAUCAAACAGACCAAGGAAGGUCUGAGCGACUCUCAUGAGCACGCUCAAGGUUGGCUCUCUAAGCUGAACGGAUGGGUCCGUGGAAAUUAAGUACUAUCUAGCAUGUUAUGAAAGUAAAAAUGAAUUCGCGCCCUCGGUCAUUGCGGUUUGUAGCCGCUGUUUCAUGACGCUCUUGGACGAGUAGUCGGGCAGCUUCAAAUAAUUGGCACACGUCAUCACGCUCGGUAGGUAGUUGUCCGGCUUCAGACCGUCCUCGGGGUGUUUGAGAACAACUGUAAAAUCUGGACUCAGGGAUUUGAAACCUCCAAUUGGGAGUUUGGGCGAUCCAGUAAGGAACUGGAGGAAUUUACGGCGUUCGUCGGCGUUGAACUCACUCAUGAUCUCCAUCAGACGCUGCACGCUUGGAGAAUCAAUGCUGUAGCCGUGAUCCGCGUGGAUGACACUUGCCAGUGUUUCGUACGACCAGUCUUCUUCACCGUUUCCAAGCAGCUUCACAAGCUCCGCAGAGGAGAAAAUGGUCAUGGAUGAGUAGGGGAAGACAGCAGAAAAGCCUUGCACAAAAGAUUGGAUCUGGGAGCGCACGCCCGAUUUGAUGGUAAGGUCAAUUACACUGUCCACGUAUCGUUCCAAAUUCGUGUGGUCAACUUCCACUUCUUCUCCGUUCAAACACAAUUCGACGUCCUCAUAGCCCGGCAAGGUGAAAUUAAGAGACAAGUCGCUCAACUUGCAGCCGUCAAUCAAGAUUUCGGACCUUUCUGACUCCUCCACCUCGGCAUAAGCGUCCAAAUACCUGGUUAGAUGACUGAGAGAUUUGGCAAGGUCUGCAUCGACCCUGCUCAGGCGUUCAAUGGAUUUUUUCCUGGACAAGUUUUUCCGGCUCUUGGUGUCCAAUUCUUUGGCGAUCUCAAAAAAUAGCGGGUUGAACUCAAAGUCAAUGAUCCGCGAGUCUAACAGCGAGCGAGCAACAAACUUUCCCAAAACAGAAAAUAGAUGUAGUACUUUUGAGCUGGGUUUGGCAUUUGGUCGAGGGAAAAGUCCUGUUUCAAAUUUCACAUACUCGCUCUCGGAAUCAGAUGAGGAGGUAGAAUCGAAAUAGGUGCGGCCGUUCGUCCGCCACAUAUUCAGCUUAGCUUUUGCAAAUUCUUUCGAUACGUUGGCGUAAAACUCUAACGUAGGCCCCAAACCAGUGCCAGCUUCGUCGAAAUACUCAAUUUCCAAAACUCCCGGUAUCGUGCCGUAGCAGUCCAUUACCUUGAUGGCGCCUUGCAAGAGCUUCUUCCUGGAUAAACGCAGCUUGUGCCUGACAGGACGUCCCAGUUGUGAAGCACUGUUUCCUCCAGAUCCAGACGCUUCUUCAUCUUGAUUGGAGCGAGUUUGCCACAGGUUGAUGAGUCUAGAGUAUCCAAAAGAGGUCGAUUGCAAAAAGAAGACUCUUGUAUCCAACGGGAACAAGAACGGCAUUUGUCGAGUGAUGUGCACGCUCCAGUCGGGCAACGUUCCGCUAGCCACAAUCAGAGGCUCUUCCAAUUGACGAUUCAAUUUUGCAGUGAGUUUAUAGUUCAGAAAUAGCGUGUCCGUGGCUCCAGGGUGUUGAGUGGCACUGUUGAUUGUGUACAACAUUUGUAGAAGUUCCAAAAUCUGGGCAGUAGAGAUGUCGCCCAGAGACUCCAAAGAAUCUUCAGAUCCCUCAGGUGGAUAAAGAUCCUCUUCAUACACAGGCAACUCACCCUCCACUCUGCGAUAAUGGACCUCAUGAGGAACGCUGGUCCAGAUCUUCCGUGAUGGCACAAUAUCAUUGAAUUCAUUUUGGAAAGACCGGUAAAUGGCGCCGUAAAUGGUUGUUCCGUGCGGGAUGACCUCACCAUUAAUCGAGAACUCAAUAUGAUAAGGUGCUUCCCCCUCUGCAGACUGUGCUGGCAUGGUUAUGGCCCUCAUUAGACCUCUCAUUCCAUCUGCUCUUUGCUUCAAAAAGCCGUUGAUCGAUUUGAACGUGGCAAUAGCAUGGACCAUAAGCAUGAGUUGUCUCCCACCAUGCUCUGGGUCGUCGGGAAUAAGCUUUAUCUUGAUCUGUUUAGCCAUCGAAGAGGCAGGGCCGCUCACGCCGGAUGCAUAGCAGUUGGCUCCCGAGCUGAUGAUCUCAAAAGAUUCUGUCCUGCUCAAAGCUUCCUCUAACUUUUUGACAAAAUACACCAGCGGAAGAUGUUCCCCGUUUCCUAGAGGACUAAAGCUUGAACAAAUCAGAUGCUGGAAUGCUUUCACGCAAUUUGAGUUUUCCUCUGCCAGCUCUCGACGGAAGAGGUCUGAAAGAGACGCAAUCAUACCAGAAGCAAUCAGCUCAAAGCUUGAAAUGUGCCGUUCGCUGUUAAGAAAUCCACAGGUUUCUGCGAACCUGCGCCAAACGUCCGCCCAUUCUUGAUAACUUAAGCUCAGACUUUUGUCGAAAAUGGAUUUCAUCUCGGUCAGCAUUACGGCCUGGGAAGAGCUGAAAACUGGCAUUGUCUGUUUUAGAGCUUUGUAAUCUCGCUCAAAGAUUUUGCACAAUCUGGCCAGCUCUAGCAGCAGGGACUCCAUUGUGAUCGAAGAAGUGCCGUCACUAUCUAACGUAUAGUCACGAACAAAACGGGUCGACAACCGGGUUGACAGCUCUUCGUCGUCACUUUGGGUAUCUGCAGGUUCUUCCUCGUCUUCGUUUGAUUCAUCCUCGCUGUUCUCUUCAUCAUUGUGCGGGUCUUCUUCCUGUGUUCUUUCAUCGGAGCUGAUUUUCGGUCUCUCGUCCUCGCUUUUGUCUUCGUCCAUGUAAUCUUCCUGUGUUUCCAGAGUCUUUAGUAUUCUUUCAUCCUGAUCAAGGUCGUUCAUAAAAUGUUGAGUGUGUGUUAUGAGUCCUUCCCGUUCGAACUCUGCUACAAACACCUCUGGUGCUUUGAGCAAAAGAAUAUCCGUAAUUGUCAAUGCUCCGUACAUCAGCACAUAAGGUCUCAUCUCGAACGUCGACGAGCGACAUUGGUCACUUUUCCUUAGGACGUGGAUUCCAUGAAUAACAAUUGAUGCUAGUAAUGAGGUUACAUUGCAGCUUUGAACAAGGUUCACCAGCUGAGCCUUUGUGGACGCAUACACCACGCGAAGCAUGCAAAGUAACACCAGACGUCUAACUUUAUAAUCCACAGUCGAUGUGUAAAUAUUUAUCAUCAAUGGAAGCAGGUCGCUAACAAAUGUCUCAAACUUGCCAAUAUUAUCACCGUCUUUAUAGAGUGACAGUCUUGUCUUAUUCAUUUCUAUCCGGUCUUGAGAGUGAUUGGUCCCACGAAAAUUUCCGACGUCAAUUUUGCCUUGUGCGUCACCGUCUGGUUCCCCAAAUGGAAGAAUUGGUGCAAUGAGGUUGAUCAUAGCCAGAAUCAGCUCUUUUGGAGUGGCCAUCAAAGCCUCGACAGAAACCUGAGGUACGGAAGACUCUGGACCCGUGUCACUUGUGUUGCGGUCAAAUCCUGCCAAUGAUAUAAGGAUCAUUCGGCUUAGUUCCCCAUUCUCCAAAAGCAACAGUGAUAGUUUCGGAGAAGAAUUGGCUAUAAUCGAAAGAGACUGAAUGAGUUUUAAGCAGGAGUUGAAACUGAUCAAGUUGUUGGAAUGUGAGCCUUUACCGAGACAGGUUGGGAGGAGAGUGAGUAAUCUCUUGAGUAAGUUCUCACUGAUCAACGACUCCAACAAAGAUGGUUCCUUUUCGAAGCUUUUCACAACUCUCGAAAUCGCUAGCCAGGCGCUUUCCACACUUGUGGAGUCCGAGUACUCAAUGGCAACACGCUCGAUGAUGGGGAAGACUUCACGUAUAUCGUCAAACUUGGAUUUUGGCACGUAUUUCAGAGAGUUUGCUGCGAUGGAAAGGGCCUUUCGUUGUGCAUGUAUAGUGAAAAAGUCCAAGUACAUGAGACACGCUGGUAGACAAUUUUUCAUCAGUAUGUCUCUGCCACAGUCACGCGAAAUCAUUUCAAGAGUCUGUAGAGCCUGCUCCGCCAGAUCGAUGUAGCUGAUUUCCAGAAGCUUUGACUGCAGCGCUUCGAUUGCUCCUGCGGCAACGGCAUCAUGUACUGCGUCGAUGUUCACCUCGAGUAAAUUGUAUAGGCACCGACAGGAGACAAGUUGCACCUCCAGGUCUUCCUGGUACAGAGGAUUCUCAAUCACCGAAACGAUUGCUUGUGCCAGUCUGUAAGUGGGAAGGUUUCGCUCUGCUAAAAUCCCGUUAAUCAUUAGCAACCGCUCAGAUAACUCGUUGAGUGUCUCCAACACCAUAUAUGGAUCCUCGUGUUCCUUUAAAGCAUUUGCCAGCUCGGAAAUACGGGUGACGCCUCCAAACAUUUCGCCGAACCCUGCU